CUUAUUUAUCCUCCUCCCUCCUUAAUAAUUCCCACCACCACGCUUCCUCCCCUGCAUCCCUCUCCUUCCUCUCCCACCGUCCUAUUCCAAUCGCUAUUCCAACAAAUUAGCUGGGAAUAAAUUAACAAUGUCGGCCAAGGACGGUGACAAGAGCGGCCCCUGCAAGCGGGCCAAUCUCUUCGGCGGGCUGUUCGCCUGCUUGCUUUCCGUUGUUAUUCUUAUCCUCUUUGUUAUCUUCAUCAUCUGGCUCGUCCUUCGCCCCUCCAAGCCCAACUUCCUCCUCCAAGACGCCACCAUCACCCAAUUCGACCUCUCCGAGCCCAACUUCCUCUCCACCACCAUCCAGAUCACCAUCUCCUCCCGCAACCCCAACGACCGCAUCGGCAUCUACUACGACCGCCUCGACGUCUUCGUCGACUACAGGGGCCAGCGCAUCACCGACGCCACCGCCCUCCCCCCCGGCUACCAGGGCCACGACGACGUCACCAUCUGGUCCCCCUACCUCUACGGCGCCGCCGUCCCCAUCGCCUCCUACCUCGCCGACGCCGUCCACCAGGACCAGACCGCCGGAUUCUUCCUCCUCUACAUCAAGAUCGACGGCAACCUCCGCUGGAAGGUCGGCACCUGGAUCUCCGGCCAUUAUCACAUCCACGUCAACUGCCCGGCAUUCUUCACCGUCGACGCCGCCAAGGGAGUGUUCCAAUUCCAGAAGGUCACCUCCUGCAGCGUCGACGUGUGAUCAACGCCGACCCCCAUGUCAGCAACGGUGGUGAUUUAAGAUAAUAAAUUUGGGAAGAAAUAUUAAGCUAGGUAGCUACCGCGGAUUUUGUAUAUUAUUCGAUCACAGCCGUUGUAUUGGAAAUUGUCGGUAGGGAAGUUGUUAUGGCUAGGAGUGCUCGCGUCGUGAUCUUCUUUUCCUCUGUUCUCGUGCUGUUAAAUUUCUUCAAUUGUAAUUAAUGGUGCGUGAUUUCAAUAUGUGCGGUUAUAGACCGUCGGUGUUUCCAUA